AUGCCGAGUCAGUCGGGGUGUGUCAUGAAAAGGUGCCUUCAACGUCACUGGGCAAGGUGUUGUUUGCCUCAGGUUCUUCCGUCAGCUACGACGAUUAAGGAAACUGUAAGUUUACUGAGCUGUGUCGUCAGCCAGCAGCUCCCCCAACUUUCUCUUUCUCUCUCUCUCCUCUUCCAGAAGACUUACCUAGUACUACUACUAGUACUACCGACGAACACUGCCUUAGUUCAGCUAAGAAGGCAUCGUCAAAACCCACUCACUACGACCGCCCCCCGCCCAGCCUCCCCCAAAAAUAGUGCACUCCACCGCUCAAUUCGCUCCCCUUCCAGCUUUUCUCGACCCUUCUCUGUUCUUUCUCUCACGUCACGGCCACUUAGCGCAUUGCUACCUCUCCGCUCUCGCUCUCUUGAGCCUUCCUUCUUACUAUCUUUACGCACUUCCCCUGUCCCCAAGAAGACCACACACACCUUCCGCUCUCAUGGCUCCACCUCCUCCGUCGAACUUGCCUUUGGCCGAGAGGCUGAAGGCCUUGGCCCAGACUCUACACGGAACAUGGUACCCGUUUGGAGCAAUUUGCGAUAUCCACACACCAGAUGCUACCCCCCAUCGGACGACAUUCGCAAGGCAAGGUUGGGAGAAAACAAACCCGCUGACUGGCUUAGGCACGUCACCCUGCUGCUCUCCGUCUUCCGCUAUCUCCUGUCCUACAUCACCUUCAACUACUACUCGUCCUCGGCCCAGGUGUCCUACCGCUUGGCUUUCCUUUCGGCGGCUGCGACAUAUGGUAUCGUGGUGUACAAGGGACAUAUUGCCCGUGGUCGUCUUCAGGGUAGCGUUCCGAACAUUGCGGUGAAGCUCGCUGGUGAUGAAAAUGUCCAGUAUCUUGGAAUGGCGAUUGUCUGGCUCUAUUCCCGCCAGGUCCCAUUGGCCCUCCUCCCCUUUAGCGUCUACUCGAUCUUCCACGUUGCGACAUACUCUCGCGCCCACCUGAUCCCCACUUUGCAGCCUCCCGCCCAGGGCGCCGGAUCCGCGUCGCCCUCCUCUCCUGGUGCUGCCAAGCCCGCUGCCAGUCCUUUGGCAGACACCAUUGGAAGAUUUGUCAAGCAGUAUUACGAUGCCAGCAUGGAUCUCGUCGCUGGGCUCGAGAUGGCGCUGCUGUUCCGCCUGGCCCUGGGAGUUCUGACCUUCUCCAAGGGAAGCAUUCUUCUCUUCUUUAUCUACGUGGCCUUUUUCCGCGCGAGAUACACCCAGAGCUCGUUUGUUCAGCAGGCCGUGCGUCAUUUCACCGCCCGUGUGGAUGCUUCGGUUUCGCACCAGAGCACUCCCCCGGCUGUGCGCCAGGGAUGGGAGACCUUUAAGGGUGUUGUUCGUCAGGCCUAUGAGAGUACUGACCUGGGCCGCCUGACCUCUGGCGCCCAGGGCAAGAAGCCGCAAUAA